UGACAUUUUCCGCUAAUAUUGUGUUAGUGUAAAUUUUGUUUUUGUAGCCUUGUUACAAUAUAAAUUUGCCUUGAGCAUGUUUUGUAACUUGGAAUACGGUUGUAAAUAAAAGACUAUAUUACUGGAUUUGUAAUUUCUAAAUAACAAAGGAUUUAAAUAAAUACACUGUCAUAACACUAGAAUAUUAGUCAAAGUAAAAAAAAAUUGUAAUUUAGAAAAACAGCAAAGUGUUGCUUCUAAUUCGCAAAGAUUUUAUUAUCUAAAGCAUUUUUUACGCUUCCGCCAAACGGAAAAUUGCAUUAUUGAAACGUCAACAACAACGGGUAGAGAACGCCUAAAAUAAAUAAUAACAAAUUCAACAUUCUCUGCAACAAGUUUUGUACUGUGAAGGCAGAAAUUAGUUUUGCGUAAUUUUCUUUUAGCGCAAUCUAUAAAAUGUCAAGCUUUCGGAAACGGCAUGUGCAAAAACCAGUACCAGGCACACGAACUAGUCCACAAACAGGACAGAUAAUAACUUCCAGUGGAAAUCCAUCGUUUGAUGUUAUUUUUGGAGGUGGCUUGCCUGUUGGCUCAAUAUGUCUAAUUGAGGAAGAUAAGUACGUAACAUUUUCAAAGGUUUUAGCGAAAUACUUUAUCGCGGAGGGAGUGGUUUCCGGACAAUCGGUUUUGUUAGGAAGUUUGGAUGAUGAUCCACAGGAAUUGAUGCGCAAAUUGCCAAAACCACUCAAUGACUAUGAAGUGGAAAUUGAAAAAUCUAAAGAGCAAACUAACGAUGAGGCCCUUAAAAAUGGUUUACGAAUUGCAUGGCGCUAUAAUGAUCUUCCGCCAGUAAAUUCUGAACAAGUACCCAGUAAAAUAGGCCACCAUUUUAAUUUGAUGGAACAUAUGGACAAAAAUUUGCUAGACUUUGUAGACACUCUAUUGUGGAAUGGAAAUUCAUAUGUUAAUGACUGUGGGUUAGGUGAUGAGGAUAAUGUAUUCGCCGUGGUUGAUUCAAAUGCAGAGUCCAAAGACGACACUGAUCAAAAUACGACGAGCAGCAGCAGUGGAAGCAACAUCAGUUGCAAAGAAGUUGAUUUAGAACAGGAAAGAAUUAAUGUUGCAGCAGCUCUACUGGUUGGUAGUUCCAAUGAAAGUCCUGAGAUUCAAAAUACAACUAAAUUGCAAGUCAAUGCUGUGCAGAUUCCUACAAUUUCAGGCCAAAAACAAAAUAAUAAUUGUGAAAAAAUCUUCAAUAAUUCGAAAUAUCAACGUUUUCUUAAAUUAGUUCAAUCAUUUGCCAAGGAGGAAAAAUUUUCAUCGAGUGCAUUGGUGUAUCGUAGCCUUUGUCGUAUAUGUAUAACAUCACUGGGAUCGCCACUUUGGUAUGAUGAAGAAUUUCCGAAAAAUAUUUUAAAAUUUCUAACAGUGUUAAGAGGCAUAGUAAGGAACUCAGUAUCUGUUUGUUUUAUCACUAUGCCUAUGCAUUUGAUAUCCAAAUAUGAUGAGUCACUUGUUCCCAAAAUACGGAAUUUGGUUGACUAUGCAAUCGAAUUAGAAUCAUUUAGCGGCUCUGAACAUGAAACCAACAUCGCUUUUAAAAAUUACAGUGGUCUAAUACAUUUACACAAAAUAACAGCUGUUAAUACACUUACUGCCUAUAUGCCAGAAACUUCCGAUUUAGCAUUUAAGUUACGUCGAAAGAAGUUCGUCAUUGAAAAGCUUCAUUUGCCUCCAGAAAUGCAAGAAGAUAUCAAAGGAAGUAUGCAAACAUUUAGUUGCAGUGGUGGCUCUUCAGCCAGUGCUACCUCAAUGGAUUUUUAAGUGCACUGUUUUUUGCUAUGCAAAUUCAAUUUCGUUCAACAAAAGGAAAAAAAAAUAGAUUGGUUAUUUGUUACAGCUUAACUAUAAAAAAUUCAAAUAUACAUAAUUUUUUUUUGUCUGCAAUUAUAAAAAAUAAAACCCACAAUGUGUUUUUUAACCCCCAAA